GGCCGGAAGGCCUUGGAGGCGGCUUCUGCAUUUCAGAUGGGAAGGGGACGUGAGACAUCUGGGGACAGGAACGGGCGUUCAGUGGGAAGGGCGAAACGACCCCAAGGCUCUAGGUCGGGGUGAGGGGAGAGUGGCAUGGGGGGCGGAAGGGGGCAGGAAUCCGGAGUCAGAGGAGCAGUUGGCUGGGAAGGGACCAGGGAGACUGAGGAUGAGGGCUUUGCUCUGGGUCUCCCCCGCUGAGGAAGGGGCCGGGGAGGUGGUAGCCAAAGAGGUCAGAGCGAGGGGCCCAGGAAGCCAGCCGCCCCCGAGGCCACUCGGAUGGCACGGGCUGGCCCGGGCGGUUGGCUGUCAGGGCCCGGCCAUGUGGGGGAGGUGCUGAGUGUGGCGAUGCCCCGCUCAGCAAAGACCUCUUUCUUUGCCCCCAGAACAGUCAGCCCUGCACUGCCCUUAGUGGGGCUGGCUCGGGAGAUCCUGCCCCUGGGCCUCCACACCCGCCAGGGCCAGGUUGGCAGGGGUGGGGUUGGCCCUGCAGCCUGAGAGGGUCAGCUGCCCGUGCAGCCCUGCAGAGCCUCUGUGCUGUCCUCCCACGUCUCCCGCCCCCACCCCCCACCCCGUGGGCUGAGCUGUGUGCAUGAGGACCAGGCUGGGAGGUAAGAUGAUCCCCACGGGUCUCUGGGGGGCUUAAGAAGCAGAUGGCCCCGCACAGGAGGGCUGCUGCUGGUAACCUGAGCAGAGCUGGCGGGACCGGGCAGCUUGGGCCCAGGGACGGAACCUCAUGAAUGUUAUCAGACCAAGCAUCCCUCGCCCAGCCUCCAAACUCGGCCCUCGCCCAAGUCAGUCCCUCAGCCCCUUCCAGCUGGCACCUGGGACUCGGGCCUUAGACACCCACAAAGGGGCUGGGGAACUGGCCCCCCGUGUCCCCACUCUUGGCCCAGUGAGCCAAGAAGGCAGGAAGGGCACAAGAGCCGAGCGCCAGAGCAGCUGGGAGAGGACAGGUGUUCAGAAGGACCGGGAAGAGCCGGGCGAGGGCUUCCGCAAACAGGAGCUUCCUGGCCUCCUGACCUCCACCCUGGCAGCCAGAUGUUCCGUGCACAGCAGUGAACGGAAACCCCAGCCGACCACUUCUCACAGGGAAUGUCCAUGAAGGAGGUGGGCGACGGCCUGCAGGAUCAGAUGAACUGCAUGAUGGGGGCGCUGCAGGAACUGAAGCUUCUCCAGGUGCAGACAGCCCUGGAACAGCUGGACAUCUCUGGGGGCACUCCUGCCCCAGGCCGCCCUGCAAGCCCCCGGACACAGCUGGAGCCCCCUCAGUGGGAGGGUGGCAGAGGUCCCGCCAGGCCUGCUGGCCCCUCCCCCUCCAGCCAAGCUUCUCAUGGGAGCAACGCCAGGUGCCCGUCCCACAGGAGUGUGUGGGGUGGGGAGCCAGCACUCGGACCCAGGACCCAGCCGCCAGAGCUCCAAGGCUGUGCCGAGCAGAGGCCGGAGCUGGUGGAGCCGGAUGACUGGACCUCCACCUUGAUGUCCCGGGGCCGGAAUCGCCAGCCUCUGGUGAUGGGGGACAACGUGUUUGCGGACCUGGUGGGCAACUGGCUGGACUUGCCAGAACUGGAGAAGGGCGGGGAGAAGGGGGAGCCUAGGGAGGCGGGGGAGCCCCAGGGAGAGAGGGGCCAGCCCCGGGAGCUGGGCCGCAGGUUCGCCCUGACCGCCAACAUCUUCCGGAAAUUCCUGCGGAGCGUACGGCCUGACCGAGACCGGCUGCUGAAGGAGAAGCCAGGCUGGGUGACCCCUUCGGCCUCAGAGCCCCGAGCCGGACGCUCGCAGAGAGUCAAGAAGCGGGGCCAUCCCAAGGGUCCGGGGCACCUGCCCUUCCCGGGCGCGGGGGAGCCCAGGCGAGUGGAGGGCACAUCCACCGGCUGCCCCAAGGCCCUGGAAGCCGCGCCCUCCGGCUUUGAUAUUAACACUGCUGUUUGGGUCUGAAUCCGGAUGCAGAAAUCGGACUGAACCCUGAACCCUGCGGGGCCCUGGGGAGGAGGCAGUGGCUGGCCUGGCUCUCAAAAGCCCAACUCCAGGUUCCUUUUCCCCAGAAAGGAGAGGAGGCCAGGCGGCCUGUGGUGGGAGAGGCAGUGAUGGCUGGCUGGUAGGGGAGGCGGGGGUGUGUGUGUGUGUUGCUCAUUCUGGGCUGGAGGGGGGUGAAGGGGGAAAACAGAAAAUCCUUCUGACCUUCCUCACUGCCCCCAAAGACCCCAGUUGAACAUUCUACAGGGACUAGGGCACCAGGGCCUCAGGUUCCUCAGAGAAGCCCCAAUAAAGACUUCAUCUCUCAUGUCCCCAUAACUGUUUGCUUCCCUGGCAAACCACUGCUCCUGGCACAGGUAUUAACCCUGAGCCUCCUGGGAGUGGGGGCAGCAGAGACAAACCCCCACCCCUCCUGCGCCUGCUGCCUUGAGAUGUCAGCUGGCACCGGAUCCAAAACGGCUGGGUAGGCACUGCAGGCAUAAGGAACACUGGGGGAAGCCCUGUCUUUCCAAAUCACAAGAAAGGGAAUACUUGCAGCACCUAGAGGCACUGGGAAGCCUUUUCACACCCAUUAUCCCCUGUGCAAGUGAGCAAGUAGGCAGCUAUCUCCCCCACCGCCCACAGGAGGCGCUACCUGUCCUAGGACACACCGGCGGGGCCCAGACCAGGGCUGAUGGAGAGCAGCUGGGCCCUGGAGUCACACCGCUCCCCCCAACACCCUGUCUCAAGCCCUGCACCCCCACCAGGGCGUGUACACUCUCCAGCGAGGCCAUGUGAGCCCAGAUGGUACAAACACUCCCAAAUCCCUAGCUCCAUCUCUGGCCUCUUCCCACCUGACCCAGAACCACCUUGCGGGGAAGGGAGGGCCCUGGGCAGCAGCUCAGCUUCUGCAGCCGUGGUGGUGGCACGUGGCCCAAGAGCAAUGCCACCCCAGCCACCCCUUGGAAGCCACAGCCCGCCUACUCUGGCCCGGGAAAGCCUGCUGGCUGGGAACGGACAAUGCAGGUCCCUGUUAGGGCCCAGCCAGCCUGGGAGGGCACACUCUCCCUCCCCCUCGCCCCUCCCGCUCAUCUGCCUGAUGGGAGGUGACAGCUGCAAUUAGAGGCAAGAGGCCUUCCUGCCCUCAGAGCAUUAAUAGCAAAUUGGAGAAGAAAAACAAGGAAGGCUCUUGGCGCAUCACAUCCCAUCCCAGGCCCCCAGGGAGGAGAUGGGGGAGGCUUACAGUGAGCAGCUCCAUAGGGCUGGUUAGGGUCACUCCCAGAUUCCCACACAAUCAGAUGGUAGGUGUGUAGUUCUGGAUGGCGGAAGCUACAAGAGGAAAGGCCCAGAUUGGUGGUUUUUUUUGUUUGUUUUUGAGAGCCCCUAUUUGCAGGCAGCACGCACAACUUUCAAACUUGGGAAUGCCUCUAAAAGGUACUGUCAUCCUCUGAGCAAAUGGAAGAAGCAGGACUGGAAGCAGAGGGUCGUCUGGCUCUGAGACCAACUCUUCCGCUCUCUCCGGCGUUGGCCAACGCAGCUCGCCCUGCCUGGAGGAGCUGCCCUGUCGGCCUGAGGAAGAGACCUGCCUGGUUCAGCUGUCCCCACCCCAGCCCCCUGCUCCUGGGUCUCCCCCAGGACUCGGGUGUUUCGGCCCAGAGGGAAGGCCCACAGACUGGACUGCCUUCGGUGGUGUGUGUGAGUCCAAAGAUUCCACUUACUGGUUCCCUGAAUCCUGAGAGGAGAAGCCAUCCAGCAAAUGACUCAAGAAGGCACCAGAUCCGAGUCAGGAGCAACUACAGGAAACCGAGUCCCCUCUCUGCCAUUCACAGGUGACUCCUCUGUUCUGUGGACCAGUCACAGCGAUUCAGACCAAUCAAACCGUGUGAGCGCCUCCCACUGCCAGGCACUGCGACAGAAACGAAGAACAGAGCAAUGGAAAGGACCCAGUUCCUGAUCAGAGGGGAGAAACAACACGAACCCACCGGUGAGCCAGGAUUCAAGGGAAAGAACACCCCUUUUAACUUGGGGGGGAGGAGGGGAACAAACCAACCAGGAGUGCCGUCCGCUGCGACAUCACAGGUGUCGCACCAGCAUCUUCAGGUUAUUUCCUCCCCACCACACCCUGGAAGCGGCUGCUGUGACUCGUUUCACAGGGAGAGGCUCGGAGAUGGGAACUGGCCAGGGUCUCAGCGGCAGAGCUGAGACUGGAACAGGUCCAGCCCUGUGCUCCUCACACUUCCCACAAGCUGCCACCUCUGCCCCAAAGCCAAGCCAAAACCUGUCCUCUCAGGAUCCAGGCCUGGAGGUAAACAGAACGCUGACUUGGGUGGGGAAAUCUGCCCAGGUCUUGACAGGGCUGGUGUGAUGCCUCCUUGCUAUGUUAGGCUUUGCUAAUGAAAGCUUAUGGCCCAUU